AUGCCGUGUUGUUCAUUUACACCCUGUGAGUACUUUACGCCCAGGUUACUGCAGUACUUUACGGCCAGGUUACUGCAGUACUUUACGCCCAGGUUACUGCAGUACUUUACGCCCAGGUUACUGCAGUACUUUACGCCCAGGUUACUGCUGAAGAACACUCUUAACUGUUUUCUCGACUGUCUCUGCAGUUACAACAGCCGGCGCAGUCGUUCUGGGACAUACAGUUCUCGUUCCCGCAGUCGCUCUCACAGCCGCAGCCCCUCACCCCGACGCCAUCCUCCCUCCCCCCUCCUCCCACAUCUCAAGGCAAAGCCCGGCCACCAUGGCAACAUCGACCCCAAGCCYUCGAGUCGUCAUAGCAGCAGCGGAGGAGGGGCUCACAAGAGGAAGAGGUCCAGGUCGCGCUCUGCCAGCAAGGGAGAGAGGGAACGGGAGAGGGGGAGGGAGCGGGACAGAGAUCGCAGCACGUCGGACCUCUCCUCGGCCAAGAAGCACAAGCACGAGAGAGGUGGUCCUGGGGGAGGACAUCACCGUGGAGACAGGAGGGAYCGGUCCAGGUCGUACGAGCGGGAGCGCACCCACAAGGGCAAACGCCAUAYCAGCAGCGGCGGACACUCGGGUCACGGGCGCCACCGCCGCUGACCAGGGUCAGGAGGAGGAACCUCCGCUCCUUAAUGCAGUUUUGUCUAUUUUAUUUUUGUUCUGCUUUCCCGCCCCAAUCCUUCCAUUCAAACCUUCUUCUUCUUUAGUUGAAAUGGUGGACUUGGAGAGAACGUAUUUACAGUGUAAAGAUGGUUCCCUGCUGAUUUAUUGACAAUGCUUUGAUUUAUAAAAGCGACACUUCAGUGGUAGAAGGAAUAAAUGUGUAUUCAAAAAUAAAAGAAUCAUUCAGGAAAGGCGUCAAAUAGUUUUUUGCUCAGUGGACUGAAGGUGACUACCUGGUCCUAUGUGUUGGAUCAUUCCGUUGGUCCAAUGUGCGUUGGCUAAAGCCGUGUUCUGUACAGAUGCAAAGGACUACUGGGCUUCUCUAGAAAUAUAGACCAUAUUCUUUUCUUUUUUUUUACAGCUGGAUGCAGACUCUUGAUUUCAGAACCUUUUUUUAGGAUCGUGGUGAAUUUGUUACACUGGUUUUUAGUCUGCAUGUGUUCAUGUCUGAUUUUUACACAAUAAAAAAAAAAAAAGACAAAUGA